AUGACUUCCGUCCUCAAGGUAAAACCCUAUUGUUCCCUGUUUUUCUUUUCAGCAUCUUACAAAACUAUUUCUUUCUUCAUAUUCUCUUUAUGUUUGGCUGAAAAUUCUGAGUUGCCGACUCCCACUGUCUUCCUUCUCGACUUAUUUGCCAAAAUCUUUUCAGUUUCAGCAGCAGUGGCCACCACUCUUCCCCAAAGAAACAUGGACUUGCUUUUUUCUCUCUGCAGCGCUGCCCAUUUUCCACCAAAAUCACAUCUUAAACUCUUCCAAUUUCGAACACGAGAUGUCCGGAGAAGGAUUUGGGUCUAUUUUGAAGGCAUCUUCCUUUCUGUGAAGCUGAGGAGCAGAUUCGUGAGAUUGAGUUAAAUGUCUUAUUCAUGUGGUUAAGGCUGGUGCAUUCAAGUCCCGCAGCAACGCGCGGGCAUUUUUGCUAGUUGCAUCUAAAUUGAGUGUCUAGAUUGCCUACAUACUCUUAGCGGGUUCAAACUGACUUAGUUCGAAAAUGGAUUUGGAAUUUAAUUUGUGUGGCUUCGUACCAUUUGAGAAUUUUGAACUUUGGAAUUUGAUGGGUAUUUUGUAUUAGCUAUUUGCUAACUGAGAAUUUUGAAAUUUGGAAUUUGAUAGGUAUUUUGUGUCAGCUAUUUGCCAUCUGACAUAUGCAUUGUAAUGCACCAUUUUAUAUGACUUUGUAUGAGUUUCCCACCAGUUAUCAGCUAAUUGGCAUUUAGCUAACCUUAA